CCGAAGCGGCGGCGGCUCCGCUCCUGCGCUCACUCCGCGCUGCCGCAGCCCCCAGCGCCCGCGGCGGCCGGGCGCUCCCUCGCCGCGCAGGCUGCUCGGCUACUUCAGAGCCAGCGGGAGGCUGAGCCGGCAGCAUCCCGGGCAUUUCCAGCAAGCGCCCGCCAGCAGCCCGACACCGACUGAAAUUUAGACGUCUUCAGAGAGGGGAGGAAGAUCCUCAUCUUCCGUAGCCUCCUCAAUGAGUGCCAAGCUCUCCAAAGAGUUGAGGCUGUCCCUGCCGCCUUGUCUUCUGAACAGGACAUCUGCCACCUUAAAUACCAGCAGCACCUGCAUCACGCAAGUGGGUCAGCUCUUUCAGUCCUUCUCAUCCACCCUGGUUUUAAUUGUUCUGGUCACCCUCAUCUUCUGCCUGAUCCUCCUCUCCCUCACCACCUUCCACAUCCACAAGAGGAAGAUGAAGAAGCGGAAAAUGCAAAAGGCUCAGGAGGAGUAUGAACGAGACCACUGUGCCCGCAGCAGCAGUAGCAGCAGCCAGCACCCUGGGACAGUGGUGCAGGGAGAGGCACCCCAAGGAAGAGACAGCCGACUGGGAAGACCUCCCCAGGACUCAGAAAUCCAGCGCUCCUCUCCCUCGGCAGCCCCCAGCUCUCAGCAAGCACAGGCUUGUUUGGACACAGCUGGCACGGGGCUCCUGCAGACGGUGAUUUUGUCAUGAUGGUUUGGGGGAGACCUCGCGAAGGCACUGAUUGAUGUUUGUAAAUAUCUGAGUGAUUAUUCUAGUCCCUGAAGAAGAAGAAAACAUUGCUAAUUCAAAUGAAUGAACAAGCCCCUGAUCCAAGCGCAUGACAGAUCACAUUGCGUUUCUCAUUGACUGUGUGAGGAAAGAAUGCAUCUUUUUACUCGAGAAGGAGCUGCACACAGCUACUAAAUAUCAAGUCAUCCACUUGCAGGAGAGGGUCAGGGGUAGGGGGUCUCUUUUCCCUGGACAUUAUUACCCCAAGGAUGGGGAUGUUCCCGCUCUUGGGAUUCCCACUGCACCCUGUGUCACUGUUACAUGGUGUGGGUUGGGGUGUGGGUGAGUGGUGUGGGGAGAAAGGCAGGUCUGGUGGGUGCCUUGGGACCCUUCUGUCGUCUCGGAGCAGACUGGCGGUACACUGUGGUCUCUCCUUUUGUGCUGGGAUCUAUAUCCCUGUCCCACCUCUCUCACUCCUUUCCAGGACUGGAUAUUGCUUUGUGUAGAAAUGGCCAUCCCUAGUUGGGCUUAAUUGCAAGCACCCCAUGGCCUUGUGCCCCCAGCGGCAGCACUGAGUGACCCACUAUCUGGGGUAUGGAGUCAGCUGUCUGCAUAGAGUGGUGCCUGCGGUCUCCUCUCCCAUCAGCUCCCUUCAUCUUGAAAAGCCCCCCUUCCCCAUGCCAUGAACCGUGAAACCCAAACCCAGUACUGUUCUGUGUGGGAGAGGUAAUGUGCAGUAACUUGCCUGUCCUCUCCCAGAGGAGGUUGUCUUUGUACCUCCUGUUGGUCCUGAAACCAUCCAGUUCUGUGCCAGGCACCCUGCACUGAAUGCCUGCGUUUACAGCUUUGUCUCCCAUCAAGGAAUCCUGCAGCAGUACAGAUCUUGGUUCUACUUUUUUAGGCUGAUAUGUAUUUUCAACCUUCCUAAUCUUGUAGACAAUUAGGGACAGACAGCACUUCAUUUUCUCCUGUUUCCUCUCUUUGGAAACAAACAGUACAGUUGUGCAAAGCAUCCAGUCCUAAACCCUGGCAGAUAUUUAUUUUUGAAGUGGCUGCUUAGAAGUGGUGUAGUUUAUCCCUAGCAAGUACCGAGUUUUGUUGUCUCUGGAUGGCGAGUGUGAGUGGCUGGUACUGUGUGUGCUGGAGGACGCAGUGUCAUUUACAGAAAAUGCGUCUUUGCUUAGUGAUUAAAUCAAUGACCAUUACUUGAAGGUGCCUUAACAGCGUGCCGUAUCCAAACUUUGAAACAUCUAGUGUGGUAUCGUAGCAGAGGCAGCCCUCUACUGUGCAUACUUACAUCUAAAAAUUACAGCAAAGAAAAAGUGAUCCCGAGGGAUUUCUUCUUUUUUUUUUUUUCUUUCUUUCUUUCUUUCUUUCUUUCUUUCUUUCUUUCUGUUCCAUCGUUUAAAGUGAUUUGAGGAUAUAGUAAUAGCCCACAGUUUUUAAUGUUCUGCAUCCUUUGUAUUUCUUCUCUGACAUGCUCUGUCUCCCAGGUUGGCUGACUAGAAAAAUCCCAGACACAUAGACCAGGAGGUCUGGGUCCGUAAUCUCUGAGUGAAUGUCAUUAACCAAUUUAAAACUGGGAAAGAGAGUGGCAGAAGUCCUCCAUAGCCCUCUAAUACCUCCAAAAUACAGAGAUUUCAGGGCAGUAUUUCUGUUACCCAGUUUUAUCGCUUCCUGAUCUUUCCUGGUCUGAUGGAAAAUUGCUGUUAAGUUUGGAUCCGUGCCUCUAGCGUUUUAGGCAGGAGCUGUACCAGGGAGGGAGCCCAAGGAGCCGCUCCAGCCGCUGAGGUUAGUGUGGCGAGCUGCCGGGCGUGCGACUGAGCGGGGAGUGUUUGCACAUCGCCGUUCGACGGGAGCCGUGGCUGGCUCUUGCUGCUGGCCGGUGUGAUCGGAUGGUAAUGGGUACUUCGUUGUUGCUGGGCAAGGAAAUUGGCUUUGUUUUGUUUCCCCUAAUAAAGGAUGCAUGAACUUUUGUGUUUAACCUCCUUAUGCAACUGCGGCACAGUAUUGCACCACAGGGAAUAGGUUUAGGACAAUGAGGAGGGUUCAGUGAGCAGUAAUUGAGCUUCCUGACCGUUGAUCUCCGCUAAAUAGAGAGGUAUUACUUUCCCCUUUAUUUUGUGCCUUUAAACCAACCCCCCCCCCCCCCCCCACCCCAAACCAACAGUGUGUAAUUUCGAGUUUUAUAAAAGCAAUAAGAUGUUCCAAAUCACUCCAGUGCAUUUCUGGUUGAUGAUUCCACUUCUUUAGUGUCUGAAGUCAGAUACUCUUCCUUCUGCCUUAUGCACUCAAGGCAUGCAAUAAUUCCCCAGAAGUGCACUGCUUGUCACAUCUCAUUGCAGUUAUAAAAUUGCCCUAUUUUUGAAGAAAAAAAGAAGGAUGGAGAGAGAUAUAUAUCUUUAUAUAUAUAGUAUGGAUAUACAGGUAUAUGUAUUAUUUAUAUAAAUAACUUGUGCCACUGAAAGUAGUUGCAAAAGUGUGACUAGAGUUAAAAUGUUAUUAUGUAAAACUCUAUCCUCUGUUAAUUAGCUUUGAUUUAAUAUUUUAAUAUCUCUGUAUUUAUGUAAAUCUGUGUAAAUUAUAUGGUCUAUUAGUAAAAUUUCAUACUGACUUUAAUUUUCGCGGAACUGUGAGCUUCUUGUGGUGUCAUUUAAGGUUUUUUAUUUCUAAAGUUAAAUUAGACAAGAUAUGAGGAGUUGUAAAUUCCUAUUAUCACACAGAAUUACUGCAGUAAGGUUCAUGCAUAUUCCCAGUACACAGCCCUAUCUUGAGGUAUUGCAAGCUUAUGAGGUUUAGUUGAAUGGUCUCAGGAGAUCUAGCUGAUACAAGCAGGACACGUAGGUUUUCAUUUUCAUGAAACAAUAAGCAAUCUAGGGAAUAGAUGUGGAUUUUUAAAACACAGUUUAUGCUUGGAGGUUCUGUCAAACCAAUUGCUUCAAAACCCUACAGCUACAGCUAAACUUCUGCACUUAGCAUUCAGUAUUAAUAAGGCUGAUGCUUCUUUCCCCUCCCCCCCUACUUAAAAUAGAAAAGAGUAGAAAAUUGUUCAUAUUUCUAAAGCAUACAUUUUCAGCUAAAUGUGAAACUGCCCAAAGGGUUUUGAAUAUACAUAUUUUAUGCAAGUGUAAUAUCUAUGUAUCUGUAUUCAUAUAUUUAAAUAUUUUUGUGUAACCUUUUCUACGAUAUUUGAUAGAGAUGCUGGGUAAAUGCUUGUACCAUUCUUGAACAUGAGGAAGGAUUUUUACCCUCUCAAUGCGGACAUUCUUUUUCCUGUGAAUUUGCACUGGUUUCGACAAGUGACAAUGAUGACUGGGCAGCUGACUGCUGGCUGAUAGAAGCACAGACUCUGUUUGCUCUGUUAAGGAGCACAUCCUCUGGCUGGAUUUUCCUGCUUCUGAAUUGGAACUGGUUGGCUGCUAGCAUCGUGCUUGUGUAAGAAUAAGAAGUGCUGUGGUGCUCAGUAGUUCCUGUCUGGACCAGCCGUCAUUCCGUGGAAGAAGCACGACAGCAGUGACUCCUUUUGUAGAGCCUAGUGAGAACAGAGCUGAUGGGCAAUGUGAUGGCCAUGCUGGGACUGGCCUGGACAAUCAGUGGCGCCUCGUCCUGCACUGCUGUCCUCAGAGCCUGCUGCUGCCCUGGGGAUUCUUCCAGCUCCUGCUGGCAUCAACAGGAGUGGCUUGCACUGACUGCCAAGGGACUGAGAUCCCAUCUGUAGUUCGCACGGAGGGUGACAGCUCUCCACAUCACCACCGCUGACCCUGUUCUACACCUGUCCUAGCAGUCUCCACGGGGACAGAAACCACUGCCUCCCACGAGGGCUAGGGUGCUUCAGCCUGGUGGCACUGGGAAACCUGCACUGCUACUAUUAGCUCUGCUUCUAUGGACUGAGGCACUUAGGUUUCUACAUGGAUCAUGGACAGGGAAUGUCAUUUCAUUCAAGUAUAUCAUUCCGGCAUUUUUUUCUGUGGGGGUUUGUCUACUGCAAAUGUAAUUUCAGAUGAAAUUUGCUGGGCUCUCCAUCCAGACAUGUUUUAACUUUUGAUAUAUCUCUCUCAGAUGUGUAUCUGUAAAUUUAUAGAUAUAUAUCUCAAAAGAAAUGCUGGACAAAAAGCAAAGAACAGAGACUUCACAUUAUUGACAAAACUGUCCUAUGACAAGAAAAUGCGCUUUUUUUUUUCAUUUAUUUAAAAUUAAUUUUAGAAGCUGCAUCUUUAAUGUAAAUAGCAAGUUACUCUGUGAUUAUUGUUUUCCAUAGCAUUUCUGAGUAAUCGCUAUCUUGUUUCUGGAAAGCCGUGUCCAGUGUUAUGAAGCAACUGUGCUUUUUUUCUUCUGUUGUUAUGAAUAUGAGUGCAACUUUUAUGUAGGGGGAAAAAACAGGAUUGGACUCUUUAGAUAGGACUGAGUUAAUUUAAAUCCCAUUAUAGGACUUGGUUGCUUUUUUUCCUUUCUUGUGGUUAUUCUCUCUGCGCAUUUGUGUUUUUUCUAUGGGUACUUGAAACCCUAUGUUUUAGUAAGUAUGCAAGAUAUGAAGGGAAACACGACAAAUGAUGUAGGAAACAUUAUUUUUCCUCUUUUGUGUAAAUAGCGAAAUUUAUAAUGACUUAGAUACCAUUUCAUUACAUUUCUCAUCUCUAUAGAAUUUGGCAUGACACAUAUACAAACCUCUAAUAGCGCUUUCAUUUAUGUUAAAAGUUAGAACUACUUUUAUCCAGGACUGACUUUGUCAUCUCUUUCAGGUAUCCAAUAUUUUUUCCCCUAAGCCAAGUUUUCCAUCUGAUUGCUAAAUAAAUUUCUAGUAGAGCAGAGCCUGCUCUGUUUUUAGUCUUUUACAUGUAGGUCUCUGGUCUGAAUCCAGCCAAACUCAUUAGUGUAGAAAAUGUGUUAUGAACUUGCAAGAACUAGAUGGUGUAUGAGCUGUGAGGAGAGAGGUGACUGGCAAGCAAACAGGUGAAAUGCCUGGCAAUGGCAAUAGUUGGCUUUCUUGUUUGGAGUUGUGGAAGAGAAGCUUCCCCUUCCACUGGAUGGACCUGGGUGAAGGGUGACCCAUUCCAGCCACAGUGGAGACAAGUAUUGAUGUCCUUGCUGAUAGUGUUGCUCUAAAAUGUCAUUUUCUAUAUGACACUAGGUCUUAUUUCUGUAAAUUAUAUGUAAUGUAUUUCUUAUUCAAGUCAAAGAGGUUUUCAUUGCUUUAUCAAUACUAUAUGUUCUCUGUGGAUAAUUAGAAGAAUUAAUUUUCCAACCCUUUUAACCCCCAAUACCUCUACAAGCAUCAAUUUUGUAUGAGUUAGGAAAUAAAUAAAUAUUUGGAUCAGAA